AUGAAUCCGAAGUCAGAGUCAGGUCCUCAAGGGCUUCUGGAUCUUACUGAGAUUAAUUGGAUUACCUUGCCGGCAUCCAGCCUCAGUGAGAAGCCAGUCCAUGAGGCUUUACUAGCUAUCCAGGAAGAGGGCUGGACUAAGAUGAUGAAGCGAUGGAACUGCCUUAUCUAUGUAUCAUCUCAGGCUGACUUUGAUGCCACAUGGGUAGCUUUUCAGACAAGAUACGAGGCGCCUGUCUUUGCUGACAUUUCUACCUAUAUCUUGAAGGAAUGGAUUGAUAGCUGCCCUAAGAACUUCCUUCGCUUCUACACUGACCAAUAUCUCUAUCGAGGCGAGGCGGCGAUCUCCCGUACCGAGGCUUCGCAUUGGCUUCUGAAACAAGAUCUCUAUGUCUCUACAAAUGAUAUUCUAGCCGUCCUGGAUAACUUCAAGCUUAUGAUCGACCGCCAGUACGCUAACAACAAGUUCUAG